ACGACCGAACGCGUCUUCGUUCUUUAAGAACUUUAAUAAUUAUGUUUUAAAUCGUUAUGUUAUAAGACCUUCAUUCAUUUUUCAAUAAAUGAAGUUUUAAGUUAGUGUCCUAAACAAUAAUAGUGUUAUUGCAUUAAACAGUUUUGCGUUUUCAGAUUUUCAGAGUUGGAUGGAUAAGGACACCACUACAGUAACCGAAGGUUGGCUAUCAACAUGCAAGCCAACUCCUCGGACAUGCAGCCACCACCAGGUGUAGUGGAACUGCGCGAAGAUGUCCCUCUCAAAGCUGGGACUUCUAUGGGCGCCGAUUCCGGGUCACAGUGUUGCGGUGGGGGCCCUAGGUUUAUUUUAGCUUGCUUCGCUGUUUUAUCCGUUGGCAUCACUUUAGCUUUGAUGACACAAAUUUACUAUGGAGAAUAUGAGGUGAUACCACAUGGUUCUGUAUCAUCGUCCGCUGCCCAAUGUUCGCGAGCCGGCACGGAUGCAUUGAAAGCAGGUGGACGUGCUAUGGACGCCGCCGUGGUUGCCGCAUUAUGCCUUGCCGUGUUAGCACCGCAUCGGACGUCUCUUGACUCAAGCGGUUCCCUCCUCUACUGGGAGUACAGGACAUCACACAAUCAGGCACCAUUGCUAGCAGAAUGGGGUGGUCCAAAUCCCUUGGCAAAGAAUGAUACUUCUCCGCCACGUGCCCUUGCAGCAUUGGCGUGGUUGCAUUCCAACUAUGGCGUACUACCUUGGUCAAGGGUUCUUCAACCGGCGAUUGACAUAGCCAGAAACGGAUUCAACGUAUCAGAUGGUCUAUCAGCAGCUAUCGAAGCCCAGAACGGCAAAGUUGUGGCUCCUGGAACGCCAAGAAAUGUUCCCGACCUCGCCAAAUAUCUGGAGUCAUUACAGGCGAACAGUAGCAGCGAACUAGCCAAAUUCUGGGAUAGCGAGAAGGACAUAGCUCGUAGCUCCCCCCAUGGCAUGUUCGCUGGAUCAUGGAAGAUGUAUGCUGGCGGCAUGGGCGCAGCCGCUGCUGGGGCAGCUUUGGCUUCCGCGUUGCAGCCCCCUAUACCUGAUCCUAAUACUGGUUUCCAGAAGGCUGUGAUAUCUCUUCAACAAGCAGCGAUGCGUGACGAGUGGCCACCAAUCGGGGGCGUCGCCACCGGAUUAGCUGUCGUUGACAGAUUCGACACUUAUAUCGCGCUUGUCAUGGGUCUCUCGAAACCGUUCGGCACGGGAUCUACGGUCCCGGAAGGCUUUUUCAAAGACGAGCCAACAUCUCCGCUAGACCUCGCUCCGGCAAUCAUAGUCGAUGAGCACACAUGUGGUACCCGCUAUAUAAUUGGAGCAGAAUCGUCAAGCGCUCUGGCACAAGGAGCUGUAUCACUUCUAACCGCCGGAACUGGUUCGGGUGCAGUAGAACAAUCAAGAGUUUCUGUCUACGCAGGAGGCGUCCUCGGAAUAGAGGCAACAAAAGAACCCCCUGAGGAACUCCCCAUGAAGAUACCACCGACGUUAGUUAAUGCUACGAAGCCCUACCCGGCUGUAAACGUUGUGUUGCAGAUUGGGGAUCAAUUGCAAUCUCAUGCAGAUAGCCGAGGCGGCGGACUUGCGUCCAGGUUUUGAAUUGCUUAUCAUAAAAGCUGAUGUAAUUUCCUUACUAUAUACACUGCAGUGGAUUCAGUGACGCUAGCACCAAAGGAAUCCAAUUACGCUAAAUCCAUGUACUGGAACAAUAUUUACCAUCUUUCCUAUCACUAACUCAUAAGUUAAACAAACGAGGGUAGUAAUUGGCCGACGCCGCCUGCACGCGCAGCCGCAUUGAGCGAAUGGCCUGCCAGAACUUUAAGUGGGUGAUAGACGUACGAGUAAAUACGCGUACUUGUGGCUCGAUGACCUUUUCACUCAUGUGUCACCCUAAGUACGCGAAUUUUAAAACUGCCGCGCAAGUCCAUUAGCGAUCAAACAUGUUAAAAUCUCGCAUGUCCAUGACAUAGCUUCUCUCAUGCAGGUAUCUUGUUUAGCUAUUAUAGGUGUAACUAAGUGCAAGAGUUCUUCGUACAAUGACUCGGGCAUUCUUAAAUAAUUAAUAAAAAAAGCAAUCACGGCGCACUUUAGCACUGAGUAGUAGGUACAAAUACAACGUCACGACACUGAGCGUAAAAAAUCACUGUCACUAUCAAUUUGAGCACGGAAGAAAAAGACAAUUGAAGUACCUUAUGCCUCGAUCGAGAACAGGGCG